AGUUUUUGACUGUUUACACAAAAGUUCAGACACAUUCCACCUUUAAACUCCUCCUAACAAUCCAGCCACUCCCCACCCUUUAUAAAUCUGAAGUUAAACUCCACUCUCAUCUUCUCAUGUGACAUUAUACCUAAGCUUCUGACCCAACCUACAUGUCCUCAUUUGCAAUGACAGUUAAGCAUUUUGUUUACCCAUCAAACCCUUCAGGCAUCCCAAAGUUGUCAAGCUGCUGCUGUGGCCAUUCAACUGGUAAGAUGAGUCUUCUGUUGACUUACCCAAAAUGUAAUAAUUUACGAACACCACACCCAUGUAAAUACUGUCUGCAGUAACUCCCCUCCAAACCUGGGACAGAAAAUCCUCUUUAUUCUACUGAAAGUUUUGUACAAGUCAGGAGAACGAAGACUGGGCUUGUGAUACAGCACCACACACACACACAUACACACAUUGUGUAUCUCAGCAGAACACCGGACCGGAGCAGAGGGCAGGUAGAGGAUUUGGAACAACAGAAACUUCCAGACCCACCCUGUGUAUCAGGGAGACCACCCUCUGAUUUCCCAUCCUCUGCCAUCAGUCCACCAUGGGCCAGACCAUCAGCAAACCCAAUUCUAACCCCUUCCAGAAGUCCAACUUCUUCUCCUCUUUCAAGCGUGACACCUCCAGUCGUCCAUCUUAUGAUCAGAACAUGUCCUUUCGACCGAGCAUUUUCUCUACACUGAGGAGGCCCCCUGUCGCCAAACCCAAUGAUUUUAUACCACUAUUCACCGAUUGUAUCUCUGCUGCUUCAUCCAGAACUCAAGAGUACCUCCUCUUCAAAGACCCAGAGGACAAGUUCCACCCAAGCCCUGAGGUGCUCACUCAGGUCUUCCUAAUGACCUACAUCUCUCAAAGUGUCAGCCUCAACAUGACAGACACUUUCAACUGCACAGCCAUGACGCCUGAGCAGCGCAUCCUCCUGGGGGCUGACUGGGUUUGGGCUGUGCUAGAGAAGCCCACCAAGAACCCUCGGAUUCAGAUUGCAGUGCAAGUCCUACAUCUCCCUGACAAGGAGAGCGCAGAGGAGAAUGAUGGCCCUCCAGAGUCCUGCAGUGAGUCCGUCCAGAUUGCCCAGAUGGAAUCCAGCAACAAGAACAUGCAUGAGAAGAUGGUGGACUUUUGUACCUCUAUUGGCAAGGACUGCUAUGCCCUCUUCUUAUUCAUGGGAAAGAAAAAUGACAAGGGGAAUAUCUAUGGUGUCCUCAGCAACAACUUUGAGGCGGCCAUUGGGAAGUGCAACAAGAUUGACAGAGCUUUUAUCGAGAACUUCUUCAAAGGCUCGAGGUACCUCCAUACACCUUCAGGAAUGAUGCAAGCCAUUGUUACCAAGAAAGAGGGAGAGCCUCUCACUCUCAUGAUUAAAUUCAGCUGA